GCUACAAGACAUCUUAACCCCCAACACUGACCACGUAUUUGAUUUGAUUACUUGAUAGUUAACGUCGAAUCACGGCACUUCCAGCCGCCUCCGGUGUAUGCCAACUGGCGACAAUCGUGCAUUAAAUCCAACUCAAUCGACAGUAAAUCAAAAACUCCCAACCACGCCCGCCAUGAAUCUGCCGGAACGCAGCCGCUUUGUAAUCUACGCCGUGGGAAUCUUUGUAUGCUACUUCUUGUACGGUAUUGUUCAGGAGAAAUUGACGAGGGGUCGCUAUGGCGAGGAGGUCCAGACGGAUGGAUCCGUUGGCGAACGCUUUACCUAUGCCUUGGCUCUGGUUUGGGUGCAGUGCCUCUGCAACUAUGUGUUUGCCAAGGUUCUCUUGACCGUGCGGCCGCAGAAAGAGGACACCACCAACGCGGGCUCCUACGUGGCUUGUUCACUGACCUAUCUUUUGGCUAUGGUUUCAACUAAUAUGGCCAUGCGCUGGGUUCCCUAUCCAACUGCCGUUGUCGGCAAAUCUGCCAAACCCAUUCCCGUUAUGAUCCUGGGCGUUCUUAUUGGCAGGAAAUCCUACAGCUGGACUCGUUAUGCCUGCGUGCUGACUAUUGUAUUGGGAGUAAUCCUGUUUAUGUACAAGGAAGGCAAGGUAUCAAAUUUGCCGGCUGAGACGACGCUCCUCGGCGAGGUGUUGCUCUUUCUCAGCCUCUCCAUGGAUGGGUUGACUGGAGCAGUGCAGGAGCGUAUUCGCGCGGCAAGUGCGCCUUCGGGCCAGCAAAUGAUGAAAGCCAUGAACUUUUGGAGCACCCUAAUGCUGGGCGCUGCCAUGGUUUUUACAGGUGAGGCCAAAGAGUUCUUGUACUUUACCGUCCGCCAUCCCGAAGCCUGGACUCAUUUGUCGCUAAUUGCUGUGUGCGGUGUUCUUGGCCAGUUCUUUAUCUUUUUGAUGGUGGCCAACUUUGGACCAUUGGCCUGCUCAGUGGUAACAACCACGAGAAAGUUCUUCACCGUACUGUGCUCUGUCCUGCUGUUUGGAAAUGUCCUUAUUGCCCGCCAAUGGCUUGGAGCUGUCCUGGUAUUCGCCGCCCUCUUUGUGGAUAUGCUUUACGGCAAGAAGGCGCCUGUGGCUUCGACAAAGAAGCCACCUGUCGAGGGCAAGUUGCUCGAAGAAAAAAAGAAACUGAAUUCUUAGAAUUUACUAGAUGAUUGCUUAGUCUAAUGUAUAUAAACAAAUUUAGAGAAGACAACGCUUUAGCCUCAAGUGGCUGCUGCGCCAACAUUUCAUUUUUCCUGGAACUGCUAAUCGUACAAAGGAUUUUAGCUAUAACGAACACAGCAUUCGGUACUUGAUCUGCAAACCAUAAACAGUCGUUCUAAGUUUACUAAAUUAUUGAUACAUAUUAGAAAAAUAACCAAUAUUUUCCAAAAGUUUACAACGGACCUUAGGGUCUCUGACAUACAGGAUAAUUCAAUCAUUUAAUGCUAUAGUUUAUAAUUAAAACAUGUUUUUUGUAUUAUUGUAUGUUGUAUUUUUUAGAAACCCCAUCUACUAGCAUUUAUUUAAAAACCUGAUAAAAGUAACUUGACCUUACAAAGGCAAAUGGAUUUAAUAUAAAAAUAAUAAUUUAAUUUGGACUUUA